UGAAUGGUGGAUACCCUGGACAGCCUACACAUUUAACCUGUACAAUAACUGGAACUGUAUAUUCUGGUAUCAAUUGGCUACGACCUAAUGGUGGUUCAAGAACACAAGUUGCACAUUGUAACGCAGUUAACACUAUGUGUCGUUCAGAUGCGUCUGGAUACAGUGCUGUUAUCAACUCACCUACACAGAUUACUCUCACCAUUCAGUCUUUCAACACUGCAGUAGAUGCUGGAGAGUGGGUAUGUCGUGAUGGACCAACAGGAGACCAAACUACUUGUAUUAUGACUGUACAACAUGGUCCAGGUGGUCCAAAUUCUAUUAAGUUCGGUCCUGCAUCACCUGCAACUGUCAAAGAAUUACAAAGUCUGACUGUGAUCUGCACUGCAAACUGUACACCAUCAUGCUCCUUUUCAUGGUCGCAAGGACGUCAGAACGUGUCACCAAGUGCUAAAUUAGAACUGACAAAUAUCUCUAAGAGCAAUGAAGGGGUGUACACAUGUACAGCGAAAAACAUCGUUUCAUCAAGAGUUAAAUCUAGAAACUUCACCUUGGUAGUAAUAAAAGGUGGUCCAGAUGGUCCAAAUUAUAUUAAGUUCGGUCCUGCAUCACCUGCAACUGUCACAGAAUUACAAAGUCUGACUGUGAUCUGCACUGCAAACUGUACACCAUCAUGCUCCUUUUCGUGGACACGAGGAAGUCAGAACGUGUCAUCAUGUGCUAAGUUAGAACUGACAAAUAUCUCUAAGAGCAAUGAAGGGGUGUACACAUGUACAGCGAAAAACACUGGUUCGUCAGACAUUAAAUCUAGAAACUUCACCUUGGUAGUAAUAAAACGUAAGUAA